AUUUUGCAUUUGUCGUGUUCUAAAGCGGAAGUCAUGGCAGUGAUGGGCAAUUGAAAUCUGAGUUUCACAUCAUUUCUAAUCCAUUCUCCAAACUCUUCUCUUCAAUUCUUGCAAAUCCGUUGUUCAUCACGUUCUGCAUAAAGAUUUGGAGCACAGGAUCUUCUGAAUGAGACGUAGUUCAUCUACAGAGAUCGACGACAAUGGGAGUGGAAAUGCCGUCCCCGUCCUUCACUCGAUUCGUGAUCGUUUUCCUUUCAAGCGGAAUUCCAGUCACUUCCGUUUGCGAGCCAAGGACUCACUGGAUCAUGCAACUCCUCGCUCCCGAUCUCACCAGAGUCGGAUCAAUCGCAAGGGCUUGCUCGGGUGGCUUCCGGCUAGAGGACAAACGUUUUUCUACUUUGUCGUUGUUUUUGCAGUGUUUGCCUUUGUUUCCGGUUCUAUGUUGUUGCAGAGCUCCAUUAGUUUGAUGUCUAGCCCUGGAAGUGAGAGGGGGCGGUGGCUUAUGGAGCGUAUUAAGUUUGGGAGCUCGCUGAAGUUUUUUCCGGGGAGGAUUUCGAGGAGGCUGGUGGAAGGUGUUGGGCUCGAUGAGGUGCGGAAGAAGGAUCGUGUUGGCGUUCGUGCACCCAGGCUUGCUCUAAUCUUAGGAAGCAUGGAGAGCAAUCCACAAUCAUUAAUGUUGAUUACUGUGAUGAAGAACAUACAGAAACUUGGAUACGUACUUGAGAUUUUUGCAGUAGAGAGUGGAAAUGAGCAUUCAAUGUGGAAACAGAUCGGUGGCCAGUCUUCAAUAUUAAGUCCAGAGCAUUAUGGUCAUGUUGAUUGGUCAAUAUAUGAUGGUAUUAUUGCUGACUCCUUGGAAGCAGAGGGAGCAAUUGCAAGCCUUAUGCAGGAACCUUUUUGUUCUGUACCACUUAUAUGGAUAGUUCGAGAAGAUACACUUGCCAACCGCUUGCCGAUGUAUGAACAAAGGGGCUGGAAGCAUCUUAUUUCACAUUGGAAGAGUUCUUUCAGAAGGGCUAAUAUUGUUGUGUUCCCUGAUUUUUCCCUCCCAAUGUUGUAUAGCAUUUUGGACAACGGGAACUUCUAUGUGAUUCCUGGAUCCCCGGCAGAUGUUUAUGCUGCAGAAACCUACAAAGAUGUUCACUCCAAAAGUCAACUAAGAGAGAAAAAUGGAUUUAACGAAGAUGAUAUACUGGUUAUAGUCGUUGGAAGCUUGUUCUUCCCAAAUGAGUUGUCAUGGGACUAUGCUGUGGCAAUGCAUAGCAUUGGACCUCUACUCACAAAGUAUGCAAGGCAAGAAGUAGGAGGAUCGUUCAAAUUUGUUUUCUUAUGUUGUAAUUCAACUGACGGAUCCCAUGGUGCUUUGCAGGAGAUUGCUUCACGUCUAGGACUUCCUGAUGCUUCUAUAACACAUUAUGGCUUAAAUGGAGAUGUCAACAAUGUGCUGAUGAUGGCUGACAUUGUGCUCUAUGGAUCUUCACAAGAAAUACAGAGUUUUCCGCCUCUACUUAUUCGAGCCAUGUCAUUUGGAAUCCCAAUCAUGGUGCCUGAUUUGCCUGCCUUGAGAAAUUACAUUGUUGAUGGCGUCCAUGGGGUUAUCUUCCCAAAACAUAAUCCUGAUGCCUUAUUGGACUCUUUCUCACGAAUGAUAUCAGAUGGGAAGCUCUCCAGAUUUUCACAAGCAAUAGCUUCCUCUGGAAAAUUACUUGCUAAGAAUAUACUAGCAUCGGAAUGUGUUACCAGUUAUGCACGGCUCCUAGAGAAUGUUCUGAAUUUCCCAUCAGAUGUUAAGCUUCCAGGUUCUGUCUCCCAGCUUCAAUUAGGGGCCUGGGAAUGGAAUUUGUUCAGAGAGGAAGCAGUGCAGACAAUUAGCAAAAAGGUAGAUACUGAAGAGAGGAUUGCAGCAACAAGCAAAUCCAGUGUUAUUUUUGCUCUUGAAGCACAAAUAACUAAUUUUGUUAAUUUAACAAAUUCUUCUGAGACUGAAAACGGGACUCUGGAGCAAGAUAUUCCAACUCCACAUGAUUGGGAUAUUUUGGAGGAAAUAGAAAAUGCUGAAGAAUAUGAAACUGUUGAAAUGGAGGAGUUUCAAGAAAGAAUGGAGAGAGAUCUAGGUGCAUGGGAUGAAAUAUAUCGAAAUGCCCGGAAAUCUGAAAAACUCAAGUUUGAGGCAAAUGAACGAGAUGAGGGGGAGCUUGAAAGGACGGGACAACCUGUAUCCAUUUAUGAGAUAUACAAUGGUGCUGGAGCUUGGCCAUUCAUGCACCAUGGUUCUUUGUACCGUGGACUAAGUCUUUCCACAAGGGCACUGAGGUUAAAAUCUGAUGAUGUCAAUGCUGUUGGACGGCUUCCUCUUCUGAAUGACUCUUACUAUCCGGAUACUCUCUGUGAGAUUGGAGGAAUGUUUGCUAUUGCAAAUAAGAUUGAUAACAUUCAUAAGAGACCUUGGAUUGGGUUUCAAUCAUGGCGGGCUUCUGGAAGAAAGGUUUCCUUAUUCCCAAAAGCUGAAAAUGUCUUGGAAGACACUAUAAGGGACAACACUAAAGGAGACGUUAUAUACUUCUGGGCACACUUGCAAGUGAAUCGUGGAAUCUUGGGGGGCAGUAAUGCUCCCACUUUCUGGUCAGUGUGUGAUAUCUUGAACGGUGGUCUUUGCAGAACCGCCUUUGAGACCACCUUUCGUGAGAUGUUUGGAUUGUCGUCAAAUAUGGAAGCGCUUCCCCCUAUGCCAGAUGAUGGUGGUCGCUGGUCUGCCCUCCAUAGUUGGGUGAUGCCAACCCCUUCCUUUCUGGAGUUCAUAAUGUUUUCCAGGAUGUUCACCCACUACCUUGAUGCUGUGAAUAGAAAUCAAAGUCAACCAUAUGGAUGUUUGGUUGCUUCCUCUGAGCUUGAGAAAAAACACUGUUACUGUCGGAUACUGGAAAUCCUGGUCAAUGUCUGGGCGUACCACAGUGGACGGAGGAUGGUUUAUAUCGAUCCUCACUAA